AUGGUGCCUAUGACUACGCCGGACGACACUCAGGGACGCACGUACAGUAUCUGUGUGAAGCAACAUAGAAGACCACGCGAGUUCGCGCGAUUUAGUUUGCCGACAACUAGUUGGAUCAUCGUGGGGAAGAAGCACUUCGCGAGCCCCCAGAUACUAGAAGGCGGCAAGCACAUCUGCGUCUCAAUGGACGUGUCAAUUGGGGCGGAUCAACGGGUUGCUUGCGAGGUGCAAGUAUCAGCCAACAUAUUCCUUCCCGCCAAGCUCGAGGAUAUAAUCAACAACCAAACUAAGAUGAAUGUCUUCAAACUCACUGGCAACCUAUCGGCGCAACUGCUCGAAAACACAAAGGUUUACGUGCUGCCGAAUAUGACCAUGGCCACAAUCAUCAGGCUAACCAAGGAUUGUCCGCCUGAGUGCUUCCUGAAAACAUACACCGAGUAUCGAAACUACUGGCGUACGAACUACGGAUACGAACUGAGUGAUGCGACUCCGAAGGCGUACGUUGAAGUUGUUUUUCCUGGAUUUCCAAAGAACCCGGUGUGCUAUCCAAUUGAGUGCAUUCAGACCCAAGAGCUCAGUCUCAUUCGGCCUGUGCGAGCAGCGAAUAAGAUCGCACAGCAUUUCGUUGCGCAGCUGAAAGAAAUAGUCAUUCUAGGCUGUGUUCUGGACUUCACAGAGAUCGACGAGACAACAGGAGCUGCCCAUUCGGGGUGGACCGUUCCCGAUGUGGACGACGGCUGUACCCUUCCGCCAUUGACAGAACAUGAGAUACCGCGCCGACAGAAGCUAGUGCCAACACCCAAGACAAUGCAAGCGCCCAAGAAACAAAGGCCUGUAAACCUCCCGAAUGGGGGCACACUUAAGUUCAACACCAACCCAGUAGCCGAAAUUGGCGUAUCUCUUCCAACGAAAUCGGCAGUAUACAAUGCAGGAACAGCCGCCAGACCCACUACCAAAGCGCGGUACAACGAAGGGUCUCCCGAGCAUAUUGAAGUCCCGCCUGUGCUCAUACACCUAAAUGGCCUUAUCGAAUCCGGGAUUGAUGAGAAUACGGACCCGCUAACACUGCCUGGGGUGGAUGUAGCCAAACUGACUAUUCCUCAGCUCAAGGCGGCUCUUAAGGCCAGGAAUAUAAAGUUCGUCAGCAAACUGCGAAAAGGAGAGUUGGUGGCGCUGCUAAAUGCUCCGAGAAUCUGGGACGAAUGA